AUGAGACUCCAGUGGAGCUCACUCAGCACCUGCAAAGUACAGAUUUCUCUCCUUCCAGUCACUGCCCUGGAGUCUCCAGCAGCUAAAAUGUCCCAUUUUCUGCUGUUUCACUGGAUUAUGAUGCAGAUCUUUAUAGCCCAUGCCGCAUCUGAAGUUGUUGUUAGAGCAGUGAUCGGGCAAAGCGCUCGGUUGCCUUGCUUCUACCGGGUGGCACAACAUAAGGAUAUCUCUGACAUGUGCUGGGGCAGAGGCCCAUGCCCAAAUUCCAAGUGCAACAACAAAAUUUUGCACACCACUGGGAACAGGGUGACGUUCAGACAGUCUCAGGAAUACAAUCUCCGGGGCUAUAUUGCCCACGGAGACGUGUCUCUGACGAUCCGGAGAGUGAAGGCAGAAGAUGCAGGCACUUACUGCUGUCGUGUGGAGAUCCCAGGCUGGUUCAAUGACAUCAAACAGAACAUACAGCUGGAGGUGGUCACAGCCCCUCCAGUGAUGACAACCACCACGAGAAGGACAACCACCACGAGAAGGACAACCACCACGAGAAGGACAACCACCAGACAUUUUAAAACCACAACUGUUGCUCCCCAAACAACCUCUGAUCACCAAACAACAGCAGAGAUUGCUGUCCUCCUGACAACCACCAUCCCAGAAGCAAAAACUGACUCCACUGAGUCUCCACUUAUUACGCUGGAGACCACUGCUCCCCCAACAUUUGCUGUGACAGAAAAUGAUGCUUUUCAAGAAACUACAGUGGCAAUUAGUACUUCCCCAGAGUUUUCAACUCUUUUCCAAGCACAUGACAUGAGGACUGAAGAUUAUGACAUGCUCUUCCCAACAGAGUCUGUCCCUCUGCCUGGAGUGACUGCUGAAAUAAUCCCUGCAGAGGAAACUGAAAGUGCUCACACUUCUCUCAUGGUGGAAGAUCUGCCAAUUACAGAGAUUUCAGUAAGUUCAGAUGAGAAGGCUGAGAAACAUGAUGACAAUGGAGAUAAGCUUGGCUCGUUUUCUUCAUACUUUGAACUGGGAAGCUCAGAAAAGCAUUGCAAAAUCCAGCCCAGGAUGGAUAUUUCAGAGCUCUUAGCCAGAAGGGCAAUGCACUCCUGUGUGAGCAGGUCUGAAGUGAACAUGUUUCUAAAGCCCUUUCAGUUUUUGUUUUCUGCCUUCCAGUUUCCCAGCCAUGCCAUUCUCAUUGCCGGCCUCACAGCAGCAUCCAUUCUUUUCAUACUGAUGCUCUCAUUGCUGUUUUGGAAACGUAAGUAUCCCUAA